CCAGUCAGAUGUUUGAGUUCUUGUGAUUGUUGUCAUUUAAUUUUCUUAAUUUCUCUUUUAUUUUUUGUUCUAACUAAUCAUCAAUUUCUACUGUUUCAUAAUCUUUUAUAGAUGAUCCUUAAUGUGGCUUUGUGUUUAGAUGUUUACUCUGUUUGUUUGUGACUCUUAAAUCUGUUGGUCAAGAAACUGAAAUGACUUUGAUUAACCGAGGAAUCAAUUAUGUUAACAUUUGGUUUUCCACAUUGGUAACGUUUAUUAUUCUAUGGAUACGUAAAAUUAAACCAACUGCGGCUCUUACUGAUAAUUCAUUGGUAGCAGAUUCAAUUAGAUCAACAACACCACAGGAAAAGUUUGAUGAAUUAUUGGAAAAUGAAGAGUAUGAAGAAGCCUUGAAAACGGCUAGAAAAUAUCAACUCAACACUGAUCCUGUUUACAAAAAGAAAUGGUCCAAAUCAAGGAUCACAACGGAUACAAUUAGACUAUUGUUAACACCGAUUAAAAAUACCGAUUGGGUGAUUGAUCAGUGUUUAAAUUGUACUCCAACCGAUUUUGAGGCUAACCGAGAAUUGUUACAAUUUGGUCAAUCUUUAACUGAGGAACUAUUGGAAUCUUAUCAAGAGCCAAAAGAAUCAAUUGAUUGUGAUGAAAUUACAGAUUCUUCCAAGAGUAAAUCUUUUACAAAUACUAAAGAUGAUCAAACUGUUAACCUCAAUGGUGAUGAUGGAGAUGAAGAUGAAGAUUACGAUGAGAUAACCAAAGAAAGUUCAACUUAUUCAUCUCAAGAAUCAUCAAUUGUCAAUGGAUUAGAAUGGCAAGAUUUGGAUAAGAUUAAUUUCUCAACAAUUGAUGAUAGACUUAAAACUUUACUCACUGCAAGAUAUUUGUUUGUUAAAUAUCUUGUUCGUCUUAAAUCAUAUGAGAAAAUGUUAUCAUCAAAUAAUCGGGAUACUGGUUGUAUUAAUCAAGACUAUUGGUUACACUUUAGAUCGGCUUCUUGUUUCGAGAUACUAAUUGAUCUUGCCCAUAAAAGUGAAUGGAGAUCAAUUAAAGUUAUACUCUCACGACAUGGACCCGAUACCAAGGAACACUGGUUAUCCAUUUUGUCCAAUUUUCCUGAAACAUUGAAACCUUCAUUGUACCAAGAUUUACUUCCAAGUGUUGAUACUGAAAAUGGCGAUGUUAUCUAUCCAAGUUUCAAGAAUUCUCAUAAACGUCAGUCUGAUGUUUACGAUGAUAUUGAUUGGUGUUAUCAACUAUGUGAUAAAUUAUCACUGGAAGAAGAAGCCAAUUCAUUUAUUGAAGAUUUUUACUCUCGAAAUUCAUUUUUUACCGAUUUUCGAAGGUCAACUUUGAACUCAACUGUAGUUUCCUCAUGGUUUCUUGUUCGUGCUCGUGAGAUUGAAAAUCGAUCAUCACUUGUAUCUAAUGCAAUUGAAUUAUUGGAGCUUGGAAUUGAUCGGAAUAUACCUGAAUUAAGUUCAUUUAAAGAUGAUCUUGAUACUUAUGCGACUCUUGUCUAUCAAUGUUUUCCCAUGUACAAUCUUGAUGAUAUUGGUUUCAGUGAAUUUGAAAGAUUAUCGAAAGAAGAACGAGUUAAUCUAUUGAUGUUGGGAGCAACCGGUGAUGAGAAUAGAUUCUUAAAUUGUCUUAAUCGAUUUCUUCUUCCCUAUUUACAUAAAAUAUCUAAAAAUCGCAAAGAAGAGAAAGAAUUACUCUGGGAUUUUAUAUGUAAUUCAGCGAAACAUAAACUAACCAUUGUACAGAAAAUUUUCAUCGAUUACAAAAUGGCCAAAGAAUUGGGAUCCGUUUCAAGUCAAGAGAUAAUCCAAUCAGAUGAAGAUUUAAUUGAUUAUGGGAUAAAAUGUAUCUAUGCAAAUGAACGAACCGAUCAACUAGAUGCUGCUCUUAAUAUCGUUGAAACUUUUCCCGAAGAUGAGAGUUCAUUUUUCCAAAUGGAUCGAGAACGAAACAAUCAAGUUAAUCGAUUAUACAAAAGAUUGGAAGUAGCCGAGAUAUUGGAACAAUAUAAUCACUUUAUUACCGUAUCAAGAUUAGAUGAGAUGGUUGAAUCCAAGGAUAAACAAGGUGUUAAGAGUAUCUUUAAUAAGAUCACUCGAGAGUUUUGUCGUAAAGUUGAUUCAGCGAUUCUAAAGGAUUCAGAUUGGUUACAACUUCUUAAAGACCUUGAAGGAAUGAGAGUCGCUUGUUUUUCUCAAUUCUUACCACAACAAGACGUUUAUGAAGUUUUUAUAAAAGGAAUCCUAACAUCGGGUCGAUUGGAACAAUUUAAAUUGGCCUCUAAUUUUAUGCAACUCGAACCAAAUUCUAGCAAGAAAAAGUUGAUGUCUUUCGAGAAAUCAGUUGAAACAAUAUUGGAAGCCGCUCAACAUUACGUUAAUUCAGCGGCUUCGGUUAACGAUGAGAUUAUUGAAACAGCGAAAAAGUGUCUCAAUCUACUUGGAGAGGAAAAUGUUUCCACUAAUCCAGGAAUUGCCAGAGAAAAGGAUUUUAUUGAAGCUUUAUCCAUCCUGGCGAAUGAUUUUGAUCUGAAAAUUUUACCAAUUCAGAUUAGAUUAAUGGAAGAUUCUAAAAUUGAGUUAAUCCAUCAGAUUAUCUCAAGUCAACCAAAGGCUUACAAGAAAACUGCUCAACUAUUACGAUUAUCAAAAAUUUUGAACAUUUUCACUUCAACGGAAGAGGAAACAAAACUUUCCGAUGAAACCAAUCAAGUUAAAUUGUUGUCAAUUUUGGGUAAUGUUGCCUAUGAACGAGAUGAUUACAAUCAUUGCUGGUCACUUUGUAAAUUAAUUAUGGACAAAGGUUAUACCUCGGGCUGGAGAUUGUGUGAACUAUUGGGAAAUUGUUCAUCGUUUAAAAAUUACAGUUAUCGUCUUAAAUUGCUCUCAUUUGUGGUUAUUCACUGUGAUGAUUAUCUAAUUAUUCAAAUUAUAUCUUCAAUACGAAAAUUGAAAUUACUUCUUAUGGAGGAAUCAUUAAAUUGUCUACAAUCAACUUCAGAUCAACAAGAAUCAACAUUUUCCUCUCUCACAUCAACAUCAUCAUCUUUACUUUCAUCAUUACCAACAGUUGAGAUAACAAGUAAAUUGAUCAAAUCAAUGACUCGUCUGGCUGCUGAUCAAAAAGAUGAUCAAUUAGAUCCUUAUGAAAGUGAUACAGUAACAAUUAAAAAACAAUCACCAUCAUCAUCAUCAAAUUGUUACAAUUCAAUAAAUAUUAGUCCAUUUUAUCAAGAUGCAUUUGGUAAAAGUGCUCAUUUCCAAUUUAAUGUAAACAAUUACGACUACAAUUACCUAGGAUUUGGCAGCAAUUACACGAAUCAAUUUAAUCUAAAACUAUCUAAUCAACAGAUACAAUUAAGAAGUGAAAUGUUAAAAUCGCAAAUCAAUUGGUUAUCAGUUGAAAAUUUAUCCAAACAAUUAAGUGAAACCCUUUUACCAUUGGAUACACUUCUAAGUCUAUCAACAAUAAUACCUCUUGGUGGUAAAAAUGAUGAGCUUCCAUUCAAAACAAUUAGCCCACAGCCUCCGGCAAUAAUUUACAUUGGAUUAUAUUUUUACUCUCUAAUCUUGUAUUUAAAAAAUGUCUCCAUUAACUAUCCUGAUGAUGAUUUACCCGAUAAUCCAGCAAGUAAACCAAUGAGCGCAAUUAUCAGUAAAUCAGAUGAAAUUUGUAAACGUAACAAUUAUCUUGGUACCAGUGAGAAACAAUUGAUUGAUUCAUAUUUUGAAUCUUAUUGUAAUAUCAUUCAAAGUGAGACAAUUUCCUCAAUCGAUCCAAGUGUUGAUGUCGAUAGAUUUGCAUCUGAGAUUGAUUAUCGUUCAGACACUUUACUUGGAUUAGCGAUGACAACAGAUGAUAAAAUAUUCAAUAUCGUAAUAACCCUUGGAAAACAAUAUUCACUUCCAUUGAUUAAUCUUUAUCUAACUCACCUUGAAUUCCUGUUAACCGAUUCAACUAAUGAUGUGGAAAUGAUUGCAGAUCGAAUUUUCAAAAAUGAUAAUUUCAUCACAAUUCUAACCGAUUACAAGGAUUCCCUUGAAGAUUAUUUCGAGAAGAGGAUAUUCCCAUUGGUACAUCCAGAUGAUCACAAUAGAUUAGUACUUUGUUAUCAAAUAAUUGAAAAGUUUUGUUAUCCACCAUCACCUUCAUCAUCAAAUGAUCAAGUUAAUCCAAUGGAUUAACAAAAUUUAAAACACUUUUAUAUGUAAACAAAAUCCUCACAAUCAACAGAAUGUUACAAUUUUUCAAAAGAUUAUUACAAUUAUUAAAUAUAUAAAAGAAUCUAUUUAUUUACAAUCGUAAUCGAACCCAAAACAA